UUUUCCUCUGAAGACAAGAGAAAUGCCAAGCCGAAUGACCAAUGGAGUCUGUCCAGUAAGAGAUCACACAGAUGUAAUUCUCUCCAGUUUUCCCAGCUGCUGAAACACUGAACAUCCAAUGCAAAGCAUAUUUGCUGGAAAGACUCUUUUAUGAACGCUAAGGUGGAGAUGGAGGAUCUCGUGUUCUUUUCUUUUGUUGCUGUGUCCAUGCUUGGCAUUUUGGCUUUUCUCUUGGUCCUCUGUACCCUCUGUAGAAGGAAAAGCAGCAAGCGGUCCCUUCCACAAGACAACGGGAGGCUGGUCGAUGCACUUACUGUAAGACAGACAGAGCUCAGUGAAUCAGCCACCAAAUCACAGAAACUGAACCGGUCCAACUCUCGGGGUAAAAAUCAAAGAUCCGCCACGGUUAAUCUCCCGUUUCCACUGAGAGAAGAAGACGGAACCGCAUCUGUCUCCAGUUUCACCAUCCUUACUCAAAGACAGCUGCCCCGGAUUCCUGCGGAUCUUCCAGACGCAGAGGAGACUUACUCCAACCUGACCUUCCCCAACCCAACCAAGGAGAUGCUGUAUGAAUCGGUGACUGUGAAGGGUGGCGAAAGGGAUCGAUCCGACCUUAUUGAAGUGGAGGAGGGUCUCCCUCAGGGCCAACAGGUCCAGGCAAGUGGGGCUGAGUAUGCCUCUGUGCUGAAAGUGAAGAAAAAGGAGGAGCCACCCGAGAUGGAGGUUGGGGACUCUCAAGUGAUGGCCGUGCAACAACCAUGCCCUGCAAAGACAACUUUGAAUCCUCACACAGUAAAGGUGGAAGAAAUGUACUCAGUUUUAUGCAAGACCCGGAAGAAGAAGAAGACAAACUCUGAAGGGGAUGGGGAAGAGAGUCCGCACCACACCGUGAUGAGCCACCAAGAUGGCCAGUUGACAGCUGCCCAUCAGGAACCAAGCUGCAAGGCGAGGCCGCCGUCGUCCUCCCCCCGCUCUCUCAUUACUGAGCCCUGCUAUGAUACAGUCAGCUGUGAGUCCCAGGCACUCCCUAAUGGAAGGGAAGUGGCAGAACCAGCGUAUGAGACUGUCGAUGCUCACUGGAAACCGUCAAAGAGGAAAGGAAAGGCGAAACCAAACAGGCAGGCGGAGAAUCUGUAUGAAAGCAUUGAAAAUUUGACACUUGAGCUUCGGAAUCCAAAUUUGUCCUCCAGGUCUGAAACAUGACUCUUGAUGG